UCAACUGAGAACUUUACCGGCGGGAGCAUUCAAUGGUCUUGGCAGGCUAAGUACAUUAGAGCUGCAAAAUAAUCAACUGAGAACUUUACCAGCGGGAGCAUUCAAUGGCCUUGGCAGGCUAAGUACAUUAGAGCUGCAAAAUAAUCAACUGAGAACUUUACCGGCGGGAGCAUUCAAUGGUCUUGGCAGGUUAAGUACAUUGGCAUUACAUCAUAAUUUUCUCAUAACCCUACCAGCAAACCUCUUUCGUGACUCUGGAUCAAUAACAGAACUUUACAUGAGCAACAAUAAAUUAAAAGCAUUCCCAGAAGGAUUGUUCACACCACUUAAAAAUGUCAUAUACCUAAUACUGGAUGCUAAUAACCUGACGACCGUGCCAGCUUCAAUGUUUACAUCGAGCAGACAAUUAACAUACCUUCAUUUGCAAAAUAAUCGAAUCAAGACCUUACCAAGCGUACCGUUUUCAAGUCAUCUUAAAACAUUAUCAUUGUUUAACAAUCUCCUGACAACCCUACCAGAUGAAAUGUUUACCAAGCAGGUCUGGCAGAUAGAGGAUCUGAAAUUGCAAAACAAUCUUCUUACCAAGGUCCCGAGGGGAAUUUUUAGUGCGUACACAAUAACUAAAUUUGGCACGAACAUUGAUCUUCGGAACAACAAGCUGGCCAUCGAUCAUCGACUCUGCGCCCUAACUCCGUCUGUGGGUGACUACGCCAUACACUUAUCAGCGGAUUACCAAGUCCGGAACUACAUAUAUAAUGCGUACCACAAGGGAAUCUGCUAUCAAAAUUGUGACACAUUGCGUCCAGAAGAAAAUGACUGUGACGAUGGCUUUAUGUGUGAUGGACUGAUCUUGAACUACAAAUGUAUUGUUGCACCACCAUCAAUUGGUCCUGACGUAACAAUGAUCUACUCUAAUGGCAGCUCAUCCAUCAUUGUUGAAUGGUCGAACCUUCCAGAGAAGGAAGUUCGCAGUCCUCUCCAAAACUACAUGAUCAGAUACACUGACAACUAUGGCAAGACUGGAACUGUUGAGAUUAAUGCCACGACACAAUCGACUACGCUACUGAAUCUAAGAGGCUCCAGAGAAUACAAAAUUUCUGUAAGAGCCGCAAUAGCCACAGGUUAUGGACCAUAUGGACCUGCAGCCAAUCAGACAACUGCUGAAGGCGUACCAUGGAUUGGUCCCACUAUAACAUCAGCUAAUGCUACGUCCAAGACAGCUAUCCAUGUCAGCUGGGCACCUUUAAGCCAAGAGGAACUUUGCGGCAAUCUCCACAGCUAUCAGGUCCGACUCGUGGACACCGCCGCUAGUUGGAGCACAGUUGUCGAGACUAGUGCCACUAGAAGGUCAGUCGCUAUACACAAUCUUACCGCUCACACAGAGUACAAGGCGUGCGUGCGAGCUUCAACCAGUGUUGGAUAUGGGCCCUGGUCACCAUGUCAGCCAGUAACAACGAACGAGGGAGUUCCAUCGGCUGCUCCUAACAUACUGUUUAUGACAUCCACUUCUGUCACUUCUAUCUACCUAAACUGGUCCCGAGUGCCAGAGGCGGAACUCAAAGGUGUCCUGCAUGGAUAUCAGGUCCUACUCACUGAUGCGGGUAAUAAGACAUCAGUUGUGGAAUUGCCAGCAUCCGCUACAAACGCUAAGCUAGAUCACCUCCUUUCAGGUACCGUGUACAAGGUUACUAUGAGAGUUAAGAAUGGAUUAGCCUAUGGCCCUCAUGGGCCCACGUUGUCACAAGAAACUAUGGUCGCUUUUCGCGCAGCCGAUGGUGUUUCUGUUGAAUUGACUUCGAAUACACAUGCCGUGAACGCCAAGGUGGCCUGGCAGCCAGUCGCAAACACUGGACAAGGCACUGUGAUCGGAUAUCGUGUGCACUAUCGCAGAGUCCAUAUACCGUACUAUCAGGCAAUCAGAGUGCCGGCUGAUGUCACUUGGUUGCUAGUUCACCUGGCUGCUAAGCAAGACUAUCAAUUCAAGGUGCAGACUCUAGGAAGCACUGGUCAGGGACGCAACAGUACACCCAUCACACAAAUGGGAUAUCCGAAAAAGCCGGGUCAGACCGUAAAUAUAUUGGUGAAGUUUUUGAAUGGUCACAGCGCGCAGGUAAAUUGGACGAUAUCCUCUUUCUCCCAGCCUGAUCAGUAUCAUGUGCUAGCAUACUCGCAGACAGCAAGCAGAGGAGCAGAUGCAGUACCGGAUGCACAACAGGUUGUUUCCGAUCCGACCGUCAGCACGAUACUUUAUGGACUAAGGGGAAGCACAAACUAUGCCUUUGAUGUGAUUGUGAUAAACAAGUACCGGAGCGUUGCAUUCAAGAGUCCAUCGACUGUGACCUUUUCCGAUCUUUCACGGUCCCUGGCUUUCUACAAAUCGCCCAAAGAAGAAGUGGCGGAGAGCAAGCCGGUACUUAUGGCCAUCAUGUACACAUCCGUGGCUCUGGCCGUUGGCGUUGUCCUGGUCUUCGGCGUGCUGAUGCUGAUGAUGAUACGCAAGAGACUGCUUAUCCGAGCUAACAACGGGGACAUGGCAAUUCCUCACCAACCGUUGGUGAAUUCACACAGUACCUCAUCGGACUUUGAAGCUGACUCUACUCAAUCUUCUAAGAUUAGGUUGAACGCUGAUGCAAGGAGCAGUGUCAACAAUGCUGCUGUUCCCCUUAUGAGCAACUCUGAUGAGCUGGACGACAAAACUCACUCUCCUGUCGCCGAAACAUCUUUUCAGGAUUAGUGAACCUUUACGCUGGAAAAGUGAUUGCUGGCUGCCAUCACCUGACAUUUUCAUUUUUUUGCGAUUGUUCACAAACCCAACUCGUAAAAGAAGUAAUUAUUCCCGUAGCUAUGCAAAAGACGUUACGUCAGUAACGUCUGGCGCUAGCCAGG